CAAAGGCUGUAGAAGAGCCGUUUCAAAGAGCAGCAUACACUCUUCUCCCGAGAGAAAUUCAAGGUAAAAUCAAAAGAGCAACGAUGAAGAUUUGUGUCCUUUGUUUAAUUCUGCUUCUGGAGUGCAUGUACUCAUGUUUGGCACAAGGUACUUAUGAAAGUUGUUGCCUUAGUUAUAAUAAAGAGCCCAAGCAAAAAAUGAAAAACAAAGCUGUGAGCUAUAGAAUCCAGGAGACUGAUGGAGGAUGCAACCUCCGUGCUGUUGUUAUCCAAUACAAAAAGGCGCAAAUGAGGUUAUGUGCCGACCCCAAGCAGAAAUGGGUGCAAACACUGAUGGAAACCAUAAAGAAGAAGCAAGGUUUGAAAAAAAAGAAUUAAAAUCACACCUACUGUUUUCAUCUGCUUGUGUGGUGAUCUUGGUUAUUAAAAAAAUAAAUUAAUAAAUAAAAAAAAUAACCUAAAUUUAUUACUCUUUGUACGAAUUUGAACAGUUUUAGAACAGAUCACAUCCAGUGCACUCUACAUUUUCAUUAAGCUGUAAAAUGAACGUUUUGUGUAUUUGUGUAUUUGUGUAUUCUUCUGCAGUUGUGUUUGAUGCGUGACAUAUUGUAAAUAUUACUUGUACAUAUGCUUGUUCGAUAUUUUGCCUUUCCUGAAAAUUGUUAUAUUUCUAAUUAUCUGGCCAGUCCUUUCUGGUUUUGUGAAAUCUAAUCUGUGAAAUUUUUUUUUUUUUUUUUUUUUUUUUGCUUGCCUGUUUUAUUUGUUGUAUUUUAUAUAUAUAUAUAUAUUUGAUAUAAAUAUAUUUUUUCAUACACAUUCCAUAAUAGGACAUUUUGUUACAAUAGUGGUACAUAUAUGUGUAUGUAUGUGUGUGUGUGUGCAUUGUGUGUGAGAAUUGUGUGUGUAUUGUUUUUCAUAAUAAAGGAAAGAAAAUAUUUCCUCAAGAUUUGUCUGCCAUAUUAUCUGCCUGUCGAAUUCCAAAUCAUUUAUUUCACUGAUAAGAUCAAAGUAAUUAUUUCUGCAUUGUUUAUAAAUAAACACGGAAAACUUGA